CGAUGGAUACCAUGUACAGCAUAUAAGGCUGAGAUUAAGGCUGAACCAGAUCAAUACAUACUCAAGUUCUUCAAACAUCUCGUGCAGUGUUACAGUUAGUUACAAAAGUUAGUUUCGUAGUACAAAAAUGAAUACAAAACUACAUUGUUUGUGUUUCUUAGCUAUUUUUGCUUUUCUACAACUCUCUGUGGCACAAGAUACUCCACAACAAGGAAAUAUUAAUCCAGAAUCCUCUACAGAGACAUCGACUACUACAACAACAGCAUCGCCAAGAUUUAGGUCGUGCUUUGCAAACUGUCGGACUGUCAGCCAUUACAAUCCAGUCUGUGGGUCAAAUGGUGUGACAUAUGACAACGAACAAAGAUUAAACUGUGCUCAAAGAUGUGGCCUAGAUGUUCAAUUGGUCCGAGGUGGAACAUGUGCUCCAUUGAGAUAAACAUACAUUUUAAUUAAUAAACGCAGAUUUUUUUGUAUAUAAAGGCUUAUUUAUUGUUACAUUUUUACACUAAAAAUAAAACUUUUUGGUUUUAA